CUGAUGUGGGAAUAAAUUAUCUAAGCCUCGGCAUAUUUAAGCAAUCGAUAGGCGAGCGAGACCAACGGCCUGAUCAGAGGGAAAAUCAAAACAAAGGUUUGUGAAACAAGUUUGUGCCACACAAAGUAGCCACCAACACGGCUAGAUGGCUAGAUGGCUGGAUGGCUGAUGGAAAUGCAAAUGAGCCCUAACCAGGUCGAAAGAAUCCGACAGCUCCGGUCCGCGCGUUUCCCAGUUUCAAAAUGUGCGGCAAUCCGAACACGCGUCUGCUCUCGCGGCUAGUCAUUGACUUCCUGCUCCUGCUGGCUAUCUACGGAGCGGCCCUGGUGGUGCUGCCCCAGCAGCUGGCCACCGCCCAGAGCGGCUUCCACUGCAGCGACGCCAGCCUGAAGUACCCCUACCGCCAGCCCUGGCUGACCAAGGUGCACCUCACCGUCGCGGUGGUGGCCCUGCCCGCCGCCUUCGUGCUCGUGGUGGAGAUGCUGAGGGCCGCCGUGGUGCCCAGUUCGGCGGAGCUGAGGCAGCGCUUCGUCUUCGUGGGCGUCCGCAUCCCCAGUUUCAUCAGCGAGUGCUACAAGGCCGUGGGCGUGUACCUCUUCGGUCUGGGCCUCACCUUGCUGGCGAUCCGCCUGACCAAGCAUGCGACGGGCCGCCUGAGACCCCACUUCUUCGACAUCUGCCAGCCCACGUGGGGCGAGGAGGGUGAGAGCUGCUCCGACUACUCCGCGGAGAACUCCACCCGCUUCCUCGAGCACUUCGCCUGCACGGAGUUCGCCGCUUCGCAGGACCUGCUCGCCCUGGUCCGCCACUCCUUCCCCAGCGGGUUCGCGUCGAGCACCUGCUACGCCAUGGGCUUCCUGAUCCUCUACGCCCAGGCCCGACUCUUCGCCCCCUGGCUGCGGCUGGUGCGGGCCACGCUGCAGCUGGCCUGUGGAUCGCUGGCCCUGGUGGUCUGCUGGGAGCGCAUCUCCACCUACCAGAACCACCUGGCGGAUGUGGCGGCGGGCGCUGCCCUCGGCUCUCUAAUCGCAAUCUUCGCCACCGUGUCGGUGGCCCACUUGUUCGCGGAGGUGCGGGUGAAGCGCCGCCAGUGGCCGAGGAACGAGCAGAUCUACGGCUACGCGGGCUACUACAGCAGAGCCACCUACGGGUACUGAUCUAAGGGGGCAGGGUUGGCCUAACUACACUUAGCCACGGUAAUAAAACGCUUUUAAUUUAUUGACGCAACCAGUUGGUGUGAAGCUAAACUUUAAUUGCAUGUAUGGGUCUGCAUCGAUUCUUGCUUAUUGGGUUUGAUCCGGCUCCGAUUCCACGUCCGUGCUAUUUAAUAAUAAAUGAAAACAUUUCAUGUGACAAAAGGGAUCUAAAGUUUCGUGUUAGGCUGGGCUUUCUACCGACUUA